UUCAAUGUUAAGCUGAGGUCAAAUAAAAGCAUGCGUUUUCACCCUCUUCCAUCAACAAGGAUUUCGAGAGAAUAUGGUUAAUUGUAUGGUGCACAGUCUCGGUACGUGUUGCCCACCGAGGAGACUCUUGUUCUCACCAUCUCUUUUCUCAUUUACUUUACGGUACCGGUGUAUCGUGUUCCCGGCGCCUGCAGUCUCUGGAACUUACAAGAAGGAGACCAAAGAGAAGGUCAUUGUGAUUUCUGGACCCACUGGCGCUGGUAAAAGUCGGCUUGCAUUCGAACUUACGAAGCGACUCAAUGGCGAAAUUGUCAGUGCCGACUCGGUCCAGGUGUACCAAGGUCUUGAUGUUGGAUCCGCUAAACCUUCCCCAAAUGAUAGAAAGGAGGUAAAACAUCAUCUGAUUGACAUAUUGCAUCCAUCUAAAGACUAUUCAGCUGGAAAUUUUUUUGAGGAUGCAAGGCAAGCUACAAGAUGUAUCCUUGACAAUGAUCGUGUUCCCAUAGUUGUUGGGGGAACUGGGCUGUACUUAAGAUGGUUCAUAUAUGGAAAACCAGAUGUUCCCAAAGCCUCUCCUGAUGUCAAAUCUGAAUUAUAUUCAGAGUUAGCUGAGCUGCAGAAAAAUGAAGAUUGGGAUGCUGCUGUGCAGUUGGUGGUAAAUGCAGGAGACCUGAAGGCCCAAACUUUAGCAGUGAAUGAUUGGUAUCGAUUACAGCGCAGCCUAGAGAUUAUCAAAUCUAGUGGAUCACCUCCAUCAGCUUUUCGGGUGCCAUAUGAUUCUUUCAGGGGACAGGGGGGUUAUAGUGAUACCAAUGGUUUUGAAUCUUCUGAUGUCAACAUUUCUGGUGAUUCAAUGGAAGAUCCCAUGUUCUCAGAUUUGCCUUAUGAGUUCAUCUGCUUUUUCCUUUCUCGUCAGAGACUUGAACUAUAUAAAAGAAUUGACCAGCGGUGUGAAGAUAUGCUAUUAGGAAGGGAUGGGAUUCUUUCUGAGGCUCAAUGGCUUCUAAAGUUGGGUCUUCAUCCAAAUUCCAAUUCUGCAACACGAGCAAUUGGUUAUAGACAAGCUAUGGAAUACUUACUCAGAUGCCAACAACAUGGGGGACAGAGUUCAGCUGAAGAAUUUUACAAUUUUUUAUCUGAAUUUCAAAAAGAAACUAGGAAUUUUGCAAAAAGACAAUUGACGUGGUUUCGCAAUGAGCAGAUAUACCACUGGCUUGAUGCUUCCAAACCACUGAAUGAAAUUAUUGAAUUCAUCAACAAUGCUUAUCGUGAUUGGAGUGGAAAUCGCAUCGUGCCUGAAUGCCUUGGAAUGUCUAGAGAUAUACCUAAUCGCCAAGAAGCUGCUCAACUCAAGUCAUACCGCCCAAAAAAUAGGCAUUUCAUUAAAGAUGAAGAUUGUUCACAUAUUCUGGAAUGGAUAAGGACUGAAGAAUAAAGGAAUGGUCCCUUUCCUUUUGCAUUCCCUCACUCUGGCCUCGAUUUUGACAUCAUUGAAGAAACAAGAAUGUGAUAGAGCUGCUGUGUUUGCUGAGACCUAUAGGAGCAAAUUAAGAAGAAAAGGAUAUAUGGGGCAAAAGAUUAUACUAUAAAGAGACAUUUAUAUUGACACGGUACACAAAUAUAGGUACACAUGGAUUGGUGCAUUAAAGCCGGGAAAAUAAGUUGGGUUUAUAGGAUCAGAUCAUUUAUCUCAAAUUUUUUAAAGAUUGGGUUUCAAUAAUUGAUUGUAUGAUCAUAUUUAAGGCUUGGGUCCAUUAAGGCUUAGCCUUGAAAGGUAUGGGCCUUUCAUUUUUAAUUUAAUGUUGAAUUAAUUUAAUUUAAAAAAAUUAUAAAAUUUCAUUGCUUAA